AUGGCGGCUGUCAUUCAGAAUCCAGUAAAAGCUUUAGGUGAUCAGUUCUACAGAGAGGCCAUUGAGCACUGCCGUAACUACAAUGCCCGUCUGUGCGCCGAACGCAGUGUCCGUCUACCUUUCCUGGACUCGCAGACGGGCGUGGCCCAGAACAACUGCUACAUCUGGAUGGAGCGACAUCACAGAGGACCAGGGAUGGCUGCCGGACAGAUGUACACGUAUCCCGCGCGGUGCUGGAGGAAGAAGAGGAGGUUGCACACGGCCAUCGAUCCCCGUCUUGGAUUCUGUGGCCUUCCCCUCGAAAGUGGACUGUCAGCCAAUCAGAGUCUUCCUUCCCAGAGCACCACCCUGGAGGCUCUGCUGAGAGGAGAGAGCCUGGACCCCAGGAACAGCUCCAGAGAUGAAGAGAGCCUCCGGGAGAUCCAGAGAGUUUUGGAAGCUGACGCGCACGAGGAUGGUUACCAUGACGACGACGACUUUGAGGUGGACACUCCAAAAAGGAAACACAGAGGCAAAGGCAGAGGCCGGGGGUCAGGGCGCAGGAGGGCCGAUACCGCGGACGAUCACGAUAAACCGUACGGCUGUGAGAACAGAUACAAACAAAAGCAUAACUCAAAAACUUCGGCAUCAGUUUGUGGGAAACGCUACAGGAACCGCACCGGGCUAAGUUACCAUUAUGGCCACGCCCACUUGGCUGAAGAGGAGGGGCCACAAGUGUCAGAGCCUUCACAGUCUCCUCCCACCACCAACCAUCGCUCCCACAGCCGUAAACAUCAGAAGAGUUCAAACGCCUCUUUUACACCCAAUAACCAUUGCAAUGCCUGUCAGGGUAAACCAGGCUCCAACAGGAAAGACGGCAGAGCUGCUGACUCUGGGGCCUGCUCCAAGUGUGGCCGUGCUGCUGAACGCGACGCAGAAAAAGACGACAGGACUUUGGUCGGAGCGGAGGAGCUUUUCGGCUCCACCUCAGAAAGCGACACUUCCACGUUCCACGGCUUCGAAGAGGACGACUUCGAAGAGCCGUCCUCGAACGGCAGCGAGACUUCCACGCGAUACAGAUAAAGGAGCCUCUGCCAUUUCAAAAUGGACAUAUUUAACAACAACGUGGAGCUUAACUGAUAAAAUCUCUGCUGCUUCUUUUAAAAGUUGAUUUUUUUUUUUUUUUUCUUGUUAAUUUGUGGAAAGCACAAAUGAUUAUUUCAGAGGAGAAAUUUAAAAAAAAAAGUGUUAUUUUAUUAUCUUUACUGGACAAUUUUCACCUUUUAAUAAGUUAUGAACAUAUUUUUUAUUAUUUAAACUCUGAGAGAGACAAGAAACAAGACUUUUCUGGUGAAUGAUUUUUUGCUCUCUAUGAAACAAAGAAACCA